AUUCAUUAUUGUGUAUUUCAGUGGCUUGAUUGGACGGAACUGGGCUAUGAUUUUUGCAGGAGCUGGUUUCCGGGUAUGUUUGUAUGAUGUUGAGCCUGGUCAGGUGAGCCGGGCAUUAGAUAGUACACAACAUACUCUUGCUGGGUACCAAGAAAGGGGCCUUCUAAGGGGCAGUGGAACUGCAGUGGAACAGGCAGAAAGAAUAAAAGGAACAACUAACCUGCAGGAAUGCCUAAGAGGUGCUUUUUAUGCGCAGGAAUGCGUACCUGAAGACACAGCGUUAAAGAAGAGAGUGUUUGGUCAGAUAGACGAUUUGAUGGAUGAUGAUACAAUAGUUGCUAGUUCCAGUAGUUGUUUGACAGCCUCCAUGUUUGCUGAACAUCUCAAACACAGACAGAAUAUCCUAGUUGCUCAUCCAGUGAAUCCUCCAUAUUUUUUACCACUUGUUGAGAUUGUUCCCGCACCAUUUACCUGGCUCAGUGUGAUACAACGUGUGCGGUCGCUCAUGGAAGAAAUCGGCCAAUCACCUAUCACAUUGAAAUAUGAGGCACGUGGUUUCGCACUGAACAGAAUACAGUAUGCUUGUAUAAAUGAAUGUUGGAAUAUGUACAAGACAGGAUUACUGAGUGUUGAAGACAUAGAUAAAGUGUGUACUGAAGGUCUAGGAAGAAGAUAUGCCUUUAUUGGACCUCUAGAAACCAUGCAUCUCAAUGCAAAUGGUGUGGAAGAUUAUUGUGAUAAGUUUGCUGAUGGAGCGUACAAUGUGCAACAGGAGACGUUUCAUCCACUUCCUGUUCUAUAUGAUAGAAAGACUGCCAUAAGUAUUCAGGAAGAAUUGGAGAAAAAAGUGCCUUUAGACAAACUGUCAGCUCGGCGUUCAUGGCGGGACAAUAUGUUGGCAGGUCUAGCAAAGUUUAAAAGUGAAUCGAAAAAAGAGACUUCGUCUGAUGAUUAAAUUUCAGUGAUGCAAUAUUGAUAUUUAAUAUGUGCAGUAUUUAUCAGGUAUAUAGCAAUAUGCAUUGCUUCAAAAUUAAGCUUUAUUUGCAGUUUUUAUUAUUAUGUCUCCCACAUCACUGUGGUGGGAGACAUAUUGAUUUACUCCUGUCUGUGUGUCCGUGUGGUGUCUGUCUGUCUGUCACAGAUCUUGUCCGCACUCUAAGUCGACAUUUCUCAUCCAAUCUUCACCGAACUUGAACAAAAUGUGUUUGCCAAUAAGUCCUCGGCCAAGUUCAAUAACUAGCCAAAUUGGCCAAGGCACUUCGGAAUUAUGACCCUUGAAUUACCAAUAUGCCGCUUACUCCAACACUUACCCGAUAGGUCGCUUACUCCAACACUUACUCCAAAACUAUCAAAAGUAUAUUUUCUGUGAGUAAACAGUAUAUAAAGACAGGCUUACUAUUCAGAUGAUUAGGCAGUUGUGGGAGACAUGUGCUUUUCUCAAAAGCAGCUCUAGUUACAUACUCAAUUUCGAGCUCUGUGAUGUUACAGUGAAACUUUUAAUUCAACUUGUAAUUCGAUAUCAGUAUUUUCCCUUACUCACCUGUAAAUUUUGCAUCAAGGUGUAACAUCAUUUGUGACUUUCUUUAAAUGUGUUUAAUUGCUUUAAAAAGUUCAUUAAUGCUGAUAUUUCCAUUUUAUUCUGGCCAGAGAACAAAUGUACAUAAUUUGCAAGUGUAAGUAGGUAUGUAUGUAAUAAAAAGAUUUUUCUUUUGCAUUGAGAAAUAUGCCCUUGUUCUUUCACAGAAUAAUGUUGUGCUCUUAAAGUUGCACAAUAUCUCCAUGGCAGAACUCGUCCAUAUUUCUCUAAGGCAGAAUUGUUACAUAUUUUUCCACUGCAGAACUCGUGCAAUUUUUCCACUGCAGAGCUUGUGCAUAUUUCCCCACUGCAGAGACUUUGCAUAUUUCUCCACUGCAGAACUUGUGCAGAACAUAUUCAUAUUUAUCCAAGGCAGAACUUGUACAUAUUUCUCCACGGGAGAGCUUGUGCAUAUUUCUCAAUACAAAUCUAAUAAUCCAUAAUUAUAAGCUUUGCAGCAAGAUUAUUCAAAUAGCUUUAGGAUCUUACAUUGUUGUGGUAAAUAUAAAAUUAUAAAAAAGUCUUCGCUCACUUUUCCUUGACUCAAGAAGUUUUUGUGCCAUGUGAAAAAAAUAUAAAAAAAUUAUUUGAUAUUACUAGUGACAUUUUGUUACCGAUUAUUCUAACGUACAGUCUCAGUUGUAGUUGAUAAAGGGUACCCGUAAUAAAUAGUGAAUUUAGCUGCCUUGUAGUAUUAGAUAAUAUUAGUGUGAUCUCAUUUAAGUUUCUAUAUAAAUUUUCUAUAUAUCGGUAUGUAGAUUUAGAACCCCAUUAGAAGUAGUGGUGUAUAUAGCUUUUCAAAUGGUCAUCGAUAUUUGGUCUGUGUGUCAUAGAAUGAGAAAAAGUGUGUAUCCAGACUGUGAUUCAAGCCUGUGCCAUUUCUAUACUGAUGCUUUAUUGACUGAGCUACUGGACCCAUGCGCCAAGGUACUUUUCCACCCUCCCAUAUUUGGUGCCAAAUGUCAAAGGAUGAUAAGAAUGUGCAGCCAGAUUCAAAACUUAGGCUGCAGUGCGGUUUCUGCUGUGCUACUGGGUUGCUUACAUAUCUUCCUAAUUCUACAAGAUGACUUCAUAACUUUUGCUUUAAACAGUUUAGGAAUUUUGUUCGCAAAAGAAAAAGAAUAAUCUUGAAAGAUUUACCUAUAAUUCCAGAAAUCCAUUAAUAGAAAACUUAGAAAAGAAUCAGUAGAAUAGCCAGUCAGUCACUGUUUAAGUUUAAUAAUGGUCCAUCCGCCCUUUUAGACACAAUGAAGCAUAAAAUUGCCACGUAGAGUAUAGACCGCACCAAUAGAAUUGCUUAUUUAUGGAAUUUUUUGUACACGAUGACUCAUUUUGUAAUUUUUAAUACCCAAGAGCUUUGUAUUUUUACUAAGCAAGUGCAUAGGUUUCAUAUGCAAUAUGUACUCCUUAUAUAACCUAGGUAAUAUUGAUGGGAUCAUAUAUAUUUUGAUAACUGGUAUAAUGUUGUUAAGAAUUUGAUAUGUUAUUUGAAAUACAUUUAUAAUGUGGCUGAAGUUUGUUUUCUUUGUCUGCAUUUAGUGAAGAAUUUAAUAUGAGCUGCGCCAUGAGAAAACCAACAUAGUGCAUUUGCGACCAGCAUGGAUCCAGACCAGCCUGCGCAGUCUGGUCAGGAUCCAUGCUGUUAGCUUUCUAAGCCUAUACAAUUAGAGAAACUGUUAGCGAACAGCAUGGAUCCUGACCAGACUGCACGGAUGCGCAGGCUGGUCUGGAUCCAUGCUGGUCGCAAAGCCACUAUGUUGGUUUUCUCAUGGCAUGGCUCAGUUAUUAUGUUGAUUUGGUAUACAUUUAUAAGUUUGCUUAAUUUUUAGUCCCCUACCUAGGAACACUGAAGGGGGAGGGGACUAUAGGAAUGUCAUCCGUCUGUCUGUGUGACCGCAAAUCUGGGUCAUGCAAUAACUGGAAAAGUAUUCAAGCUAGGUUCAUAAAACUUGGUAUGUUUGUAGAGGGCAAUAUGUAGAUUAUGCACAUACAUAAAUUAUGCUUGUAGGUCAAAGGUCAAGGUCACUUUUGAAGGUCAAGUAAAAAUUGAUUCUACUGUAUAACUUUUAUAUGCACUGAUAGAUUAUCUUAGUGCUACACACCAUUGUGUCAACGCAAGCAAGAUUAUGCUUGCUGGUUAAAAGUCAAGGUCCGGUAGGGAACUUAUGUUUUGCCACUGCAAUACUUGGUAACUCGUUUCUUAAUGUGGCUAGUUAAGAACUUUAUAUGUUGGAUUUGGUAUAAUGUACCUAAAGUUUAUUUUAAAUUUUUGUUUAUCUGCAUUUAGUUAAGAAUUUAAUAUGUUGAAUUUGAUAUAGCUAAAGUUCGCUUAAAUUUUUGUUUAUCUGCGCUAGUUAAGAAUUUGAUAUUAGACUGGUUUCAACUUGCGCUGGAGGUAGGAAGUUUAUGUAGAUUUUUGUUGGUUUUAAUUUUCUUUAGUUUAAACAUAUUUAUUUCGAAAAUAACAACAAGUCAAACUUUUACAAGUAUACAUAUAUAACAUAAAGAUGAAAGGGAUUAGAACGAAAGAAAACUUAUAUAGUUCCUCCCAUUUUCUUUGAUGUUUUGAUGUAUUAUAAGACUUCCUAUGAUUUUCAGAAAGGGGGUAAUACCUUCAUAAACAUGUAAUUCAAUUAAAACUUAUCACAAUUUUGAGUAUGUUGGUUUUACUUAAUUCCUCUUUCUGCAGGGAAGCAGAAAUUGUUUUUACUUUCUAUGGUUUAAAUAAUGGUUUGAGGUAUAUUGUAAGGACUAUAAGUAGAAGAUAUUAUUUUCUUAGAACAGUUUAACCCUUACCCUGCUAUAUUUCUAUAAUGGACUGGUCCAUCUUUCAAUUUGGACAGUACCAUUUAUUAUUUAAAGGGGUUUGCACUGAAAAUUUACUGACUGAAUAGCGAACAGUGCAGACCAUGAUCAGACUGCACAGAAUCAUCUGCGGCCAGCAGGCUAAGGGUUAAAUAGUUUACAUUUUACUGAAAAGGGUUAAAGUCAGUUUCAUGUUUAUCUGAUUGCUGUUUUGUGCAUUCUGUGAAAUCAUUAAUAUUCAUAUAGGGGACUAACAUUCAUGGAUUUCGUGGAUCGAUCUAAACACAAAAUUGUAUCCCAGUGAACACAUGAAAUUUCUAUUCACUUUAUUUUCAAAACUUGAAAUAUGUAAUUUCAUAUCCCUACAGAAUUGCUAUUUUGGUAAAACCCACAAAAUUAUGAAUUAACGGAGUGAGUGAGUGAGUUGGGUUUUACGGCGAAUCGACACAAAAUGGUCAUAUAUCGCCGAGGUGAAUUAACAGAAGUUAAUCGUAAAGUGCCAUAAAGGUUCAUGUCAUUAAACAAGGCAUGGCUAUAAUUAUAGUUAAUGGGUGUGUCUUGAGGAAUGGAGAUAUAUUUAAUGCAUGUGUCUUUAGGCAUGGAGAGAUAGGAAAUAUAUGUGUCCUUAGGCAUGGACAUAUAGGUAAUGUAUGUGGACAUAUAGAUAAUGUAUGUGUCUUGAGGCAUAGACAUAUAGAUAAUGUAUGUGUCUUGAGGCAUGGACAUGUAAUUAAUGUAUGUCUUUAGGAAUGGAGAGAUAGGUAAUAUAUGUGUCUUGAGGCAUGGACAUAUAGAUAAUGUAUGUGGACAUAUAGAUAAUGUAUGUGUCUUGAGGCAUGGACAUAUAAUUAAUGUAUGUCUUUAGGCAUGGAGAGAUAGGUAAUAUAUGUGUCUUGAGGCAUGGACAUAUAGAUAAUGUAUGUGGACAUAUAGAUUAUGUAUGUGUCUUGAGGCAUGGAGAUAUAGUAAAUGUAUGUGUCUUGAGGCUUGAAGAUACAGUUAAUGUAUGUGUGUUAAGGCAUGGAAAUAUUGUUAAUGUCGAGGUAUGGAGAUAUUGUUAGUGUUUGUAUGUGUCUUUUAGGCAUGGAUAUAUUUUAAGUGUAUCUGCAUAUCUACCGCCAGUGUAUGUCAGUAUCUUAAUGACAGGAUAUUGUUAGUGUACGUAUAUGUCUUACUGAGAUGGAGAUAUUGCAAGUAUACAUGCAUGUCUUACCUAUAGGGAGAUAUUUUUGAUGUACAUACACGUCUUACCUACACAGAGAUAUUGUUUAACUUAAUGUAAGUCUGUGUCUUACUGACCAUAUUUAAAAGUUGUAUGUUUUCUUCUAUGCUGCAGAAUUUUACUAUAGCGCUUAUUUGAUGGUAAAUUUUUAAACUUGCCAAAUUAUUUAUGAUUCUUUUUUCAAAGGAUAUUUUUAAGGCCUUUAGAAGGAGCCAUGUAAUUGUUAAAUUUUAAAAAGGAGUGGUCAGUUUUUAAAACUAUUUCCUUUUUUAUGCCCCCCCCCCCCCCCCCCUUCGAAGAAGUGGGGUAUAUUGUUUUGCAGAUGUCGGUUGGUCGGGUCUGUCGGUCGGUCGGAAUGUAGACCAAUCCGUUUCUGGAUGAUAACUCAAGAAUGCUUGGGCUAGGAUUAUGAAAUUUGAUAGGGAGGUUGGUCGUCACCAGCAGAUGACCCCUAUUGAUUUUGAGGUCUGUAUGUCAAAGGUCAAGGUCACAGUGACCCUGAAUAGUAAAACGGUUUCCGGAUGAUAACUCAAGAAGGCUUUGGCCUAGGAUCUUAAAAGUUUAUAGGGAGGUUGGUCAUGACCAGCAGAUGACCCCUAUUGAUUUUGAGGUCAAUAUUUUAAAGGUCAAGGUCACAGUAACCCUGAACAGUUAAACGGUUUCUGGAUGUUAACUCAAGAACGCAUAGGCUUAGGGUCACAAAAGUUGAUAGGGAGGUUGGUCAUGACCAGCAGAUGACCCCUAUUGAUUUUGAGGUCAGUAUGUGAAAGGUCAAGGUCACAUUGACCGGGAACAGUAAAAUGGUUUCCGGGCAGUAACUCAAGAACGCUUGGGCCUAGUGUCAGGAAAAUUGAUAGUUAGGUUGGUCAUGAUCAGCAGAUGACCCCUAUUGAUUUUGAGGUCAUUAGGUCAAAGGUCAAGGUCAUAUUGGCCAGGAACAGUUAAAACGGUUUCUGAUCUUCUUGUCUAAAACCACAGAGCCUAGGGCUUUGAUAUUUAGUAUGAAGCAUCAUCUAGUGGUCCUCUACCAAGAUGAUUCAAAUUAUUGCCUUGGGGUCUAAUAUGGCCCCGCCCCGGGGUCACAUGGUUUAUAUAGACUUGUAUAUGGAAAAAUAUUGAAAAACCUUUAGUCCAAAACCACAGGGCCUAGGGCCUUGAUAUUUUGUAUGUGACAUCAUCUAGUGGGCUUCUACUAAGAUUGUUCAAAUUAUCCCCCUAGGGUCAAAUAUGGCCCCGCCCGGGGGGUCACGUGGUUUACAUAGACUUAUAUAGGGAAAAACUUUGAAAAUCUUCUUGUUCAAACCACAAAGACUAGGGAUUUAAUAUUUGUAAUGUAGCAUCAUCUAAUGAUUCUCUACCAAGUUUGUUCAAAUUAUCCCCCUAGGGUCAAAUAUGGCCCCGCCCUGGGGGUCACAUGAUUCAUAUAGAUUUAUAUCGGGAAAAGCUUUUAAAAUCUUCUUGUCAAUAACCUACAACAUUUAAAUUUUGAUCACAUGUAUGGUUUUGAGUGGCAAGAUGAACCUUGACAUGAGUUGACCUUGACCUUGACCUAGUGACCUACUUUCACAUUUCUGUAGCUACAGCCUUUAAAUUUGGACCACAUGUAUAGUUUUGUGUACCGAAAUGAACUUUGAUCUUGAGAUUGACCUAGUGACCUACUUUCACAUUUCUGAUUGUACAGACUUAAGAUUUGGACCGCAUGCAUAUUUUUAUGUUCUGAAUUGAAAUUUGACAUUGAUUUUUACCUACUACCUACUUUCACAUUUCUCAAGCUACAGCCUCCAAAUUUGAAGCACAUGCAUAUUUCUGUCUACCAAAAUGAACUUUGACCUUGAUAUUGAUCUGCUACUAGUGACCUACUUUCACAUUUCUCAAGCCACAGCUUUCAUAUUUGGACCACAUACACAUUAUUUUGUACUGAAAUGAAAUUUGACCUUGAUUUAGACAUUGAGCUACUCUUGAAAUUUGGAACAUUCAAAAAUGGCUCAGUGGAUGGCACCAAGAUCACUUUGUAAUCUCUUGUUAAGUUAAAGGUCAAGGUCAGAUUAAACCAGAAUGGUGGAACUUUUGUUUACACUGAGCAUAUAAUUUCUGUUCCUUGUGCAAUUACUAAAUGCAUCAAAGGGGGCAUUUCGUGUUCGACGAGCUCUUGUUUAUAAAGUUUUGCUUAUUUUUGCAUUGAUACAGUGAAGACUGUCUUUUAUAUAGAAUAUUCAGUCAGUAAAUAUUAACUGAACACCCUUAAGAAUAAUAAAUGGUAUUGCCCAAAUUUAAUGAUGGACCAAUCCAUUUUAGAAAUUUAGCAGGCUAAAGGUUAAAGGAAUGAUACCAAGAAAUAAAUAAUUUGACUUCUUAAACAAAUACAAAUGCUUGUGACAUGGCGUUAAAAAAUCAUUCAUUAAGGAAUCCGAUCCAAGAAUACAUUUCGAUGUCUGGUGACCCCACCUUUUUUAUACGCCAGUUUGAAAAACGGGACGUAUUAUGGGAACGCCCCUGGCGGGCGGCGUCCACAGACCUUGUCCGGAGCAUAUCUUCUACAUGCAUGGAGGGAUUUUGAUGAAACUUGACACAGUUGUUCACCAUCAUGAGACGGAGUGUCAUGCGCAAAAACCAGGUCCCUAGGUCUAAGGUCAAGGUCACACUUAGAGGUCAAAGGUCAAAUUCAAGAAUGACUUUGUCCAGAGCAUAUCUUCUUCAUGCAUAGAGGGAUUUUGUUGAAAGUUGGCACAAUUGUUCAUCAUCAUGAGACGGAGUGUCAUGCGCAAAAACCAGGUCCCUAGGUCUAAGGUCAAGGUCACACUUAGAGGCCAAAGGAUACAAGAAUGAAAAAUUAAAGAAUGAGUUUGUCCGGAGCAUAUCUUCUUCAUUCAUGGAAGGAUUUUGAUGUAGCUUGGCACAGUUGUUCACCAUAAUGAGACGGAGUGUCAUGCGCAAGAACCAGGUCCCUAGGUCUAAGGUCAAGGUCACACUUAGAGGUCAAAGGAUACAAGAAUGAAAACUUUGUCCAGAGCAUAUCUUCUUCAUGCAUGAAAGGACUUUGAUGUAGCUUGGCACAAUUGUUCACCAUCAUGAGACGGAGUGUCUUGCGCAAGAACCAGGUCCCUAGGGGUAAGGUCAAGGUCACACUUAGAGGUCAAGGAUACAAGAAUGAAAACUUUGUCCGGAACAUUUCUUCUUCAUGCAUUGAGGGAUUUUGAUACAACUUGGCACAAAUGUUCACAAGCAUGAGACAGAGUGUCAUGCGCAAGAACCAGGUCCCUAGGUCUAAGGUCAAGGUCACACUUAGAGGCCAAAGGUCAGAUACAAGAAUGACUUUGUCAGGAGCAUUUCUUCUUCAUGCAUGGAGGGAUUUUGAUGUAACUUGGCACAAUUGUACACCAUCAUGAGACGGAGUGUCAUGCACUGGUCCCUUCUUUUGAAUUACUUCCCUUUGCUGUUACUGAAAAUAGCUUAUAUUGUAACUUUUUCAUUACAAGUCGUAGGGAAAAAUUGAGACCACUUUUCUGUAGUACAACAUGCAUGUUACAUCCAAUUCUGAGGUGUAUUUUGAGCUAUCUCUACCUGGUAAGGAUUUGUAAUUUUUUUUUUUUUUUUUUUUUCUCUUUAAAGGUUAACUUCCCUAGUUGUUACUAUAAAUAACUUACAUUGUAACUUUUUUAUAAUUGACCGUAGGGAAAAACCAAGACCACUUUUCUGUGGUACAACAUGGAUGUUACUUUCAAAGUUUGGGUGUAUUUUAAGGUAUCUCUACCUGGUAAGGAUUUUUUUUGUGGACUUAAAAAAAUAAAAGAAUUACAAUAAUUUCUAAAAAAAAAACAACAUUGUAAACAACUAGAAAAUUAAAAUUCCAUUUGCAAAUACAGGUGCUAGUGUAAAGAAAUUUGCUGUGACGGGCGUAUAUUGUGACAUUCUGGCACUCAUGUUUUGGUAUCCUUUGAAAGAGUUGUGUCUGCUUAACAAGAAUUAGUAAAUAAGAUGACCAUUAUGAUAUGCUUGAAUCACUAAAGUAAUGUUUUUUGACUGCAAAAGGAUAAUUCUUACACUGUGAUAACUGGAUUUCUGUUGAAGUAUCAUUGAAAACUAUAAAGAAGAAAAGAAAAAUUCUUUUACAUAUUUUUGUCAUGUAAUUUAUAUUUUCUUUUUCAGUAGAUAAUACACUUUCAAAUGAUACCAAAGUUAUAUGAGCUUGCCACACAUCAAUAUUUGAUAUAAUUUAAUAGCACUGUUAUAUAGAACUUGCUUACUUGUUGACCAGAUAACUUAAUUUGUAAAAGUUUACUAUGUUGAGUAAUAAACAUAUAUUAACCAAAUAAAUUGUACAAAUCUUUAAAGCA